AUGGCCGACUUUGAGGCGCCCCCGGGGCCUCCACCUCCCAAGGUUCCCGAGGGAUGGAUUGCCAAAUGGAACGACCAGUACAAAGAAUGGUUCUACGUCAACACAUAUACAAAGAAGUCGCAAUGGGACAAGCCCACCGAGGCCGCCAAACCGCCUGGUGGCGAUGACGCUCCUCCAGGCCCGCCACCCGCGUACCGCCCCGGAGAUGGCCCCGCCCCGACGGACAGCAAGACCAACCCCUUCUCUCCUCAGAACACCGGCCACUCUGGCGGUAGUGGUCCCUCUGGUUCCCACGAUGAUGAUGCCGCCCUAGCGCGUCGUCUCCAGGAGGAGGAGGAUGCUCGCGCCAGGGGAACGCCUGGCGGAGGCGCCGCCUCUUCGUACGCCAACACACCGGUACCCGGCCAGCAGGGCGGUCAAUUCUCCAACCAGCUGCCUCCUCGCCCCGACAGCUCGAGUAGCGGCAGUCGAGGCCUGCUGGGCAAGCUGUUCGGCGGCAGCAAGAACAAGCAACACCAGCAGUACGGCGGCGGAUACCCCGCCCAGCAAGGCUACGGCCAGCCACAGUAUGGUGGUCCGCCUCCGCAGCAAUACUAUGGCGGCCAACCUCAGGGCUACGGUGGUUACGGAGGUGCUCCACAGCAGGGCUACUACGGUGGCCCGCAGCAAGGUGGCUAUGGCGGCUACGGAGGAGGCUACCAGCAGCAGCAAUAUGGCCGCCCGGGUAAGAGCGGUGGCGGCAUGGGUGCUGCUGGUGGUGCGGCCUUGGGUCUUGGUGCUGGUCUCAUCGGAGGCGCCCUCGUUAUGGAUGCGAUUGAUGACAACCAGCAAGAAGCCUACCAGGAUGGCUACCAGGACGGAAACAUGGAUGAUGGUGGCGGUGGAGACUUCGACGGCGGCGGUGACUUCUAA